GCCGGUUGCCUAACAACGGGCGAGGCCUGGUGCCUCCGAGCGGGGGCGUCUGUUGGGCCGGAUCGGCGUUUGACACGAAGACAUAUUUUUUGUGUGUGUGAGAGAGACGGAGAAAGGAGGUGGGGGGGAAGAGAUGCCCGCCUCCCAGCUGCCUGCUUGAGAGCGCCGCCUCCACUGGCGGUCGCUGUUGUGCGGCUUGCUCGGUGCUUCAUGCUCACCACCACCCUGAACGGGGCUUGUUCUCCCUCUCUGAACUGACCGAAGAGGAGGAGGAGGAGGAGGAAAAUCAUGGCGGUGCCGAAGUGACGCCCCGCCAACGCGGAGCCAGGACGCGCUCACUCUCGUCCCCCCUACUCUGCCGCAGUUUCCUUCCUCUGCAUCCCUCCGCUGCUCCCCGUCCCCCCCGGCACUCUCUCAGCCUUUCUCCCUUUGGCGGCAGCGGUGGUUUUCCUUCUAUCCCUACCUCCCUCGGCUUUUCUCCAUAGCCGCCAACGUCGGAUUUAUGCUUCUCGCCAGUUCUUCGACAUGCAGCCUCCUCCGAGAAAGGUGAAAGUUACUCAAGAACUGAAAAACAUCCAUGCUGAGCAAAUGACUAAACUUCAGGCAAAGCAUCAAGGAGAAUGUGAUUUACUGGAAGAUUUAAGGACUUUCAGUCAGAAAAGAAUUGCAAUUGAGAAAGACUAUGCUCAGGCUCUGCAGAAACUGACCACCCAGUACCUCAAGAAGGAUUGGAUUGGAUUAAAGAUUGAUGAAAGAAGUGAACACAACAGGAGCAUUCUUGCAGUAUGGAAGUCUUAUCUAGAAGGAACCUUACAUUUGGCCCAGUCUCGAAUCAUAGCAUCUGAAAACUAUAGGAAUCACAUCUUGGAACCUGCUAAAAUUGUAAAAAGUAUUAAAGAACAGCAGCUGAAAAAGUCCAUUGAUCAGCUGACAAAAAUUCAGGCUGAAUUCCAGGAGACUGUGAAGGAUCUGGCGAAGUCUAAAAAGAAGUAUUUUGAGUUGGAACAGAUGGCUCAUGCAGCGCGAGAGAAAGCAGAUUUAGAGGCCAAGUCCAAGCUUAGUCUAUUUCAAUCAAGAAUAAGUUUACAGAAAGCAAGUGUGAAGUUGAAAGCAAGGCGCAGUGAAUGCAACAUAAAAGCUAACCAUGCUCGAAAUGACUACCUUCUUACACUGGCAGCUGCAAAUGCACAUCAAGAUCGUUAUUAUCAAAUAGAUCUGGUAAACAUGAUGACGGCUCUGGAUGGGAAUUUCCAUGAACAUCUUAAAGAAUACCUGAUGGUAUUUAACAGAGCAGAACUUGAGGCCUGUCAAUCUGUACAGAAUACAUUCCAGUUAUUAGUAGAAGCUUCCAGUAAGGGAUUACAAGAUUACAAUCUGCAGCUUUUUCUCCAAGAAAACCCAAUUUUCCAAAAGCCACAGUCAUUCCAGUUCCAGCCAAGUGAUAAUGAUACGAGUUUUAACACCGUCCAGCUUGUGGAUAUUGACCUCUCACCCAUCAGCACUCUGAGAAUGACUUUAACAGAGAGUCGGCAGUUGGAGAAUGAAUCUGGAACCACUGAGGAGCACAGCCUGAACAAAGAGGCUCGUAAAUGGGCAACACGUGUUGCACGGGAACAUAAAACAAUAAUCCAUGCACAGAGGACUCUGGAAGAUCUAAGAGCUCAAGGAACUGUGGUCUCAGAACAAGGACGAAUGGAAUUCGAACAAAAAAUAGAAGAGGCUAGAGAAACAAUACGGAAGGCUGAGACAGUUAAGCUAAAGGCAGAAGCACGACUGGAGUUAUUAAGACAGAUUGGGGUUGCUGUAGACACGUGGUUGAAAAGUGCUAUGAAUCAAGUAAUGGAGGAAUUAGAAAAUGAGCGCUGGGCAAGCCUCCCUGCACUCCCUAACAGUGAUACUGUGCAUUUGGGAACUCUGGAUCUUGAAAAGGAUGAUGGAGAAGAACUUGAGGACAAUAUGGACGUAUUUGAUGAUAGCAGUUCAAGUCCAUCUGGCACAUUGCGAAUGUAUCCUCUUACUUGCACAGUGCUCUAUUCAUAUAAGGCUAACCAGCCAGAUGAGCUUACCAUUGAAGAACAUGAACUCUUGGAAGUAAUUGAAGAUGGAGAUAUGGAAGACUGGGUGAAGGCAAGGAAUAAAGCAGCACAAGUAGGAUAUGUACCAGAAAAGUACCUGCGGUUUCCCACUUCCAAUAGUUUAAUCGGCAUGCUCCAAACUCUGGGCUCCUUGGAUGCACGAUCGCAUUCUUCCAGCAACUCUACAGAACCUGAGCUGGUUACUAGUGGCAUUAACGGAGAUUUUAGUGUUUGUUUUGUGAAGGCACUUUACGAUUAUGAGGGGCAGACAGCAGAUGAACUUUCGUUUCCUGAGGGAGCUAUCAUUAGGAUACUAAACAAAGAAAAUCAAGAGGAUGAUGGCUUCUGGGAAGGUGAACUUAAUGGCCGUGUUGGUGUCUUUCCUUCUGUCUUGGUAGAAGAAUUGGCAGGAUCUGAAAAUGGUGACCCUCAAUGGAUUGGAGAUGCACAGGUAUCACCAUCCUCAAGACCACAGGCCAGUCUUUCAUCAUUACCAUUGUAUGAUCAGCCACCCUCCAGCCCUUUCAGCAGCCCAGACAAGGCAGGGUCACAGUUCUUCCCUCGAUCACCAUCGGUAACAGAUCAUGAAAACGUAAUUUCAGAAGCAUCCAUUAAUUCGCAGCAACAGAAAAGAACACCAGAAACUUCAGUUGGAAAAAUCCGACCAGUACGAGCUGCUCCACCUCCACCUUCUCAGCAUCAUCGUCGGAAAACAGAAAAGACAGAGGAAGUAGAAAUAACUCUAGUGUAACCCAUCGCAGACUUCUGUGUGUUCAAAUUUGGGACUGAAUUAUUCAGAACAUUUUGGUUUCAAAUUCCUUGCAUUCUCUGCUGUACUUAUACAAUGAAAUUCAAGGAGCAGAAGAAGGCAAAUUCUAAAAGGAAUUUAUGAAGUGUGGAUCAUGAGGAAAAUCAAUGUUAUUUCUUUAAUUUACAAAUAUCUUGUGCCUUUAUAGCCACUGCUUUGUUUAUUUCUUCAAAUUGGGCCAUUAGUAUUUUUAUUUUGUCCUUUUCUUGCUAGUAUAGUAAAAGGAAUGCAGGUUGGCCGAUUCAAUUUUCAAUGGUCCAGCCUUGUUUUGGUACACUAUUUAAAAAUAUAUAUAAAGCACACCGUGUCAUCUGUUCCCAGUGCAGCAGAGUCUGGUACUUCUGUAAUUAUAUGCCUAUGGUGCUGUGCAGGGCGCAGUUUUGUAUCAGAAAAGUAUUUUUCUGGUACUGUCCAUGUACAAGGCUAUUGUUUUCUUUGCCAUGGCCAGAUAUAGGAACAAUUAUACUACCAGUUCAUUGCUUAUCAUUGUUUUCACACUGAAAGAUCAAGAUGGAAGUGAUUUUUUUUUAAAGGCACAGGAAAUGUUCAUACCAUUUAUUAUGUACAUUAAUUAACACAAUGUAGCCACAAAGAUCUAUUUGUAAAAUGAAUCUCCCUUUAGUAUUAAUCCAGUCUGUAUACAUGUAUUCAGCUGUAAUGUGCAGUAGCAUGAUUGGACUAGAAUUGAGGGAAUAGACUUGAGUAAGGACUGAUGUUCUUUUAAGAGGGGCUGGUUCCUCUCGGUAGUUCUAGCGCAAAGAAAGAUAAUCAAACAAAUAAGGGAAUAAAUACAAAGAAAUGCCUCUAUGUUAACUCGAGUCUUAGUUUUCCAUAAUUGUUUAUGACUAAUAUUUAUGCCACAAUUCUAGUCAAGAAAGAAAAUACAUUAUGGACAUGAUAAAAUAGGGAUCUUUAUAAACAUUAUUAGUGAAGCUGAAUAUGAACAUCCUUCCAGCAGGAAAAAAAUAUUUUCUGGAUAUUGCAUUUUCUUUCCUCUUAGUUGUUUAAGAAAGCUUUUUGAAAUUGUUAUCUUUUAAAGUACACAUUGCAUAAAUCAUGAUGUGCUUGUCACAUUUGCAAAGAACUGACAUUAUACUCCCCAAAAUACUUGUUUCCAAUAUCAGACUGGAAGGGAGGAUUUUUGCUGUGUUAUCCAGCUUCUUUAUUGCAGUUAAGAGUUGAACUUGGUUGCUGUAUUAAUUAAAUAUAUAAAUUGAAAGUUGUUACAUUUUAAUGAGGUUGGCAGGUUUGAAGUUUAUCGGUAAGAACAUGAGAAUUGUUAUCUCUGUUGUUAAAGUGAUAGUCUAUUUAAAUUGCCUUUUGUCAGAACAUUCAGGUUUCUGAAUUACAUAUACACUGCUAUUAGUCCACACUUCAGACUUUCAGAUAUACUGUAUUGAAUGUACUAAAAGCUAGAAAACUGGAAAAAUGGGACUGGAAGCUAAGGGUAACAUUGUAUUUGAUGCCUACUUGAAACAUUCAACAAAUAUCGACCAAAUGUUUUCAUAAAGGUUGCUGAUUUUGAAUAGUUCAAAAAUCAGUUUUUGGAAGGUAGAUUCUUUGAUCUAGUUUAUUCGACUAAAAUUUUCAAAUCUGAAAUCUGCCAGUUGUUGAAUUCUCUUUCAUCUUAACCCCACUCUUAGAGUGCAAUGUGCUCAUGUCAAUCUUGUAUACCAACAUUGCUGGAGGAGAAACUGAGAUUAGCAAUCGUGUUUUUGAAGUUAGUUGCACUAUUUUAAACCACUUUCAUUUCCAAUAGGAAUUUUAUUUCUUUAAUCUCUACAUGGCUGACCCACAACAAAAAUAAAACCAAUGUUACAAUUCAAAUUAGUGUUAUUUUAAUUUCCCCAUAAUGAAUAUCAAAAUGAAGGAAUCAUAUUUAUGAUCCAUCAUAAGUCGUUAUGCAGAUAUGUCUUUUCAAAUUUAAUAGCUCCAUUAUUUCUCCUUAUUCAAGCUGUGUUGUCAGCAAAAUUCAAAUGUGUUUGCUUUGUUUUAACCAAUAAAUAUACAUCACAGUCUCAUUAUUUGCUACUGCAUAAUCUGUUAGAUAGAAAUGAGCUGCUAAUUCCUCUUUUUUUAAUUAGGGUUAUUUCCUAAGGGACAUGUAUAUAUCAAAAUAAGCAUUCAGUGAAAUAUCAUCAAAUACAUUAUGCUGAAAUGCGAUUGACUCUAUCCCUGUAUCAUAUCUUGCUUAAUUAACAUAUGUAAGACACAUUACCAGAAAACUGUAAUUUAUGACUUAAUAGAGUCAUAGAGCACUACAGUACAGAAACAGGCUCAGUCCCUGCUGAACUGUUAUUCUGCCUAGUCCCGUCAACCCGCACAUGGACCAAAGCCUUCCAUGCCUCUCUCCCAUCCAUGUACUUAUCAACAACUGUAAUGGCCAGCAGAGUUUAAAUUUCUUCUGUCGCCACACCUCUUGUACUACUUCAAUCCUAAACAAAUCCAGGUCUCUGCUGGAGAGUUCACUGUCGUCAUACUUCCAGCUACUUGUGCAAAGCAUAGUGAUGUCCCUAGAAAAGUCCAUGAUUGAUGACCUUUCUAGUUCCAUCUCAUAAGUAGUGCCAAACCAGUUAAAAUGAGAGAUUUCAGAAGGACAGUUGCAAGUUGCCACUUAAUACAUUUGAACCUCAAUGAAUCACACAUGUUGCUUGUGAAUUAAGAUUAGAGCAGUGUCUGCUAGAAAACGGUAAGUGAAACUUAUGUUUUAUCUUGUUCUGUAGGUUGGCAUGAUUAAUUGAGGCAACGAAACUUUGAGCAUUGAUUUUACAUGCAUCAUUGAGAAUUAAUUUGUUGAAUACAAACAAAAUUGUGCAACCUUAAAACUGUUCUCAGUCUGGAAAAUAUAUCUGCUUACUCAAUCGGUUCAUAUUUCAUCUGAGAUGACAGUCACAUCAUUAAUACUUCUGUCUGCUGCAUCUUGUCAUUAACUUGCAAAGCAAUUGGGUGUCAACCAGAUGAAACUGGUGCUUUUGUAUGAUACUGGCACAGAUGUGCAUCUCCUGUUGGCCAAGAAACACAAGGCACUUGUGUAAAUUUGCAGAGAGAAUCUGAUCUCUGUUCAAUUUGCCUUACCAGAAGAUUUUUUUUGAAAAGAAUAUCUGUGCUAAAAGUAUGCAAAACCUUUAAUUGGUGAUUUUUUUUUUCUUGUUGGUAGUUUUGAAGCAGCAUAUUUCAAAUAAUACUUAAAACUCCAAAUGGAUAAAUACAUGCUUUUAUGAUAAUUUCAUCAAUAGUUAGAUUGGGAGGGAGGAUGAUGCAGUUGUGUUUUUUUUUAGCUAAAUUGUCCAACUGAUCAAUGUCCCUCUAUUAUGACUCUUCUUUGGUCUUUGACAAAAUAUAAUCGAGGUUUUUGUUUUGAGACUGCUGUCACACGAUUCCUCAAAAGUACAAUAGUUUAAAAAUAGCACCUUAAAGACAUCCCUCUGACUUUGCAAUCCAGUUAAUAUAGAACAAGUGACAUAAUAACAUGUCACUGAUGAAUAAUAUUAUGAAUCAUGUGCACCAAAAUUGUCCCUUCACUAUAGGUUUACGAAAUUAAACAGUUCAAUGUACAUUUAUUAUCAAAAUGCAUAUACAUCACCAUAUACUACCCUGAAAAUGAAUCUCAGGAUAUUAUGUGAUGACACACAUGUACUUUGAUAAUAAACUUACUUUAAAUUUUCAACUUUUAAUUUUGUAAACCUAUAGUGAAGAGACAAUUUUGAAAGGAUCACACAUAACUCCAUAACUGCCAUUUAAAGAUGCUGUAUCCAUGAAGGCUGUCUCUCCCCAUGUAUCACCUACUUGGCUUGAAGUUAAGGUAUAUUUGGCUUAAUUUAAGUUUCUCAGGCCAUGCAGAUAGCCUAUCAGCAUUUUUUGCUGCCUUAUUGCAGUUUCAGAACACACAGGACAGGCAUAUUCCAGCCAGCAAUUGAUUCUGACAUCUCAGUAAUAUGGUGAAAUCACUUGUUCCAUACAACUUGACCAACAAAUUAAAAUCCUGGUGAAGACCUAUGCCUGAGCUUAUUUAGUGAUAUAUAAUGUUUCAUCACAAAGCCUGGAAUAAACCUGAUAAUUUUAAUGGCAUUUACAGGAAGAAAGCACAAAACAGUUGAAAUGAUAAAGGAAUAUAAUAGGAAUGUAACUAAAAUAAACAAUUAUUUUUCUGAAACCUGCACUUAGAUAUUGUUAGCAUCCUAUUUUAAAUUCUUUUGUUGACAUUUUCUUUAGUUAUUUUUUACUCUUAUGUUUACAGAUCAUAUUGUUAUAAUCUGACUAUUGCUGAUGCCAAUUCAUCCAUACUUCAUUAUUUCCCAUUAUUUCAUUUGCCUAUUGAUUAUUUGCCAGUUUGCCCAUAUUUUAUAUUUUCUCUCAAGUAUUAUUUUAAAAUUGCAUAUUUGCUCUAAAUUAAAAAGUGCUAAGAAUUUUCAAACUAUGUUCCUUUUAGUUGUCUAUACAUGGGCCGACUAUCCACAAUAUACAGUACAUUGUAUAGUGUCAGUACUUCAAGCAGAGAAAGCAGGUGUGCAAUGUUUCCUGCAGUGUAUUGGCUGUUAAAACUUGUAUUUAUUAUGUACAAAUGUUAAAUAAAAAAAAACAACUUU